AUGAAGCUCCUGAUUUUAUCAUUGGUGGCUGCCGCAUCUGCUGCCCCACAGGGGUACAACCUACCCACUCCUUCUGGCUCAUCCUAUAACGCCGGGGGUUGUGGCGGCGGACAAGUGCAACACGUGGAUGGCAGCUGCGUUACACCUCAAGUAAACAGUCGUGUGUUCUUGUAUGAUGCGCCGCCAAAUCAAGUUUCUUCUGGCAAACCCCCAUACAUUCCAAAACCUAAACUGGAACGUAAUAUUGUUUUCGUGAGACUCCCUGAAGCUGGUCAAGGACCAGAACCCAUCGUCGUUCCUCCUCCGAGGCAACAACACGUCUUGUUCGUGCUUAACAAGCAGUCGGAACAAGGUCAACAGGUAAUCGAGGUACCAGCGCCACCUCCAUCGAACCCCGAAGUGUUCUUCGUGAACUACGCAGAAGGAGAGAACCCGACUCUUCCGGGUGGAGUAGACCUCCAAACGGCGCUGAGUGCUGCUUCUCAAGGUGGCGGUCAAGUCGUAGGAGGUGGCGGCAUCGGAGGCGGAUUUGGAGGUGGCAUCGGAGGUGGAUUUGGAGGCGGUAGUGGAGGUGGAUUUGGAGGCGGUAGUGGAGGUGGAUUUGGAGGUGGUAUCGGAGGCGGGUUUGGAGGUGGAUUUGGAGGUGGAAUCGGAGGCGGCAGUGGAGGUGGAUUUGGAGGUGGAUUUGGAGGUGGAAUCGGAGGCGGCAGUGGAGGUGGAUCCGGUGGUGGAAGCUACAGUCCCCCAAGUCCCUCCACUCUAUAUAGUGCACCAUAAACAGCGAACACAUUUUUGUGAUUUAAAAUAUACUUCAG